AUUGAAGAGUUGAAACUGGGGAAGUAAGGCGUAAUGAAGAGGGGAACAGAUAGAGUGAGGAAAGUGUGAGCGAGAGAGAUACAUGUGGGAGUGUACAAGGUACAUGGCCCCUUGUGGAUGAAUUUAUGAAGGACAGAAGGAGCAAUUGAGUAUGGCGUACAAUGAGGAUGGAGAGAGUUGAUCACACGGGACGAGGCUCCCAUGAUUGGGAAUGCCAAUCAUGUCUUCAGUGUCAAAGGUGAACUGCACCCAAUUCCUCCCGUCGUUUAUUCUUCACUCUGCAGCCUGGCCACCUCCAUUCUUCUACUCUCUAUUCCCCCCCCCCCUUUCUUUUUUUCUAUAUUUUUUAAAUAUUUCCACCAUCUUACUUACUCCCAGAAAGCGUGUUUGAAACCUCAAUCUCCAAUUAUAAGCCAACUCAUAGAUCUCCUCUCUCCCAAUUCAAACUUGAAUCCCAAUCUCUCUCUCUCUCUCUCUCUCACACACACACUCCCACACACGCGCACUCCUACGCCAAUGCCAAUUCCAAAUCCCUCCUUCCUAAUCUCUCUCUCCCUCUUGUUCUUCCUCUGUUUAUCGUCCUCCGCCACCGUCAACAAUGCUGAACGCGACCCUGCUUCUUUCACUCAACAGUUCAAAGAAGCUCCCCAGUUCUACAACUCCCCUGACUGCCAGUCUGCCGCCGACGCUGACGACUAUACCUGCUCCGAUGACGUCGUCCAUAUUGCCAUGACCCUCGACACCACCUACAUUCGAGGCUCCAUGGCCGCCAUCCUCUCCGUCCUCCAGCACUCUUCCUGCCCUCAAAAUGUCUUCUUCCACUUCGUCUGUUCCUCCAAACCCUCCCUCCUCCGUUCGGCCAUUUCCAAUUCCUUCCCUUAUCUUCAAUUUCAGCUCUACAACUUCGACGAUUCCACCGUCUCUGGCCUCAUCUCUUCCUCCAUUCGCUCCGCCCUUGAUUGCCCUCUCAACUACGCUCGCAGUUACUUGGCCAACCUUCUUCCCCUGUGCGUCCGGCGAGUUGUGUACCUGGAUUCCGACCUGCUUCUGGUGGACGACAUUGCCAAACUCGCUGCCACGCCGCUGGGGGACAAUUCAGUUCUGGCAGCCCCUGAAUACUGCAACGCCAAUUUCACGUCUUAUUUCACUCCCACGUUUUGGUCUAAUCCCUCUUUGUCACUCACCUUUGCGGACAGAAAGGCUUGCUAUUUCAAUACAGGGGUGAUGGUCAUUGAUCUGGAGCGAUGGCGAGCAGGGCAUUACACGACGAAGAUCGAGGAAUGGAUGGAACUGCAGAAGAGGAUGAGAAUCUACGAGCUGGGUUCGUUGCCUCCAUUUCUGCUUGUCUUCGCCGGCAAGAUAGCUCCAGUGGAUCACCGGUGGAACCAGCACGGUCUCGGAGGAGACAACCUUCGCGGGCUCUGUAGAGAUCUGCACCCUGGCCCUGUGAGUCUGUUGCAUUGGAGUGGGAAAGGUAAGCCAUGGGCUCGAUUGGACGCCAACAGACCUUGCCCCUUGGAUGCACUCUGGGCGCCGUACGAUCUGUUGCAGACCCCAUUUGCUUUAGAUUCUUGAAGCUUGUUCUGUACUUUACAAUCUACGUGGUUUGGAUCGAGGGAGGAUUGAACCAACAGUGCAAAAAUGGUUGGUUUUUGUAGAUCAUGUAAUGAUGCACAGCACGGGUAUGAACAACUCAUCGGCCACAAGUUAUGAUGAUGAGUGGUGUUCAACAGUUUUACGCCAAGGGAUAAGUGUAGAUGAUUGGAUCAAAUAACAAUGUAUAGCAAAAGAGAUAUGCGUUUCACAGAUGCCCAAAUUCAGAAACUAUUAUUUUUCUUUUCAAAAUUCUAAUAAGGAAGAGCCUGUAAAGUUUUUGUAUGAACAAUGCCACGGCGCUCCCCUUCUUUACGGUC